GUGUUAAUCCUUGCAGGGGAUAUCUGUGUAAAGAUUUGGUUUCUCCGUGAACGCGUUGACCGAGGUACUGAUGCUAUUUGCUGGGGUAGAGUUCCAAUCGCUGACCACACGACGAGGCAAACACAGAUUCACGCUAAACUGAUUCGAUCGUGGUUUUCUGGAUUUCCUUUCAGUUUCCUCGAAGACAAUCAACCCUAUCAGGAGAAAAAAGUCGGGACAUAUCAGUACGGAUUAAUUUUGAAAGCAUUUAUAUUAUGGACAGCUUACUUGGAAGAAGCCUUGACGACUACCGUGUGAAUGCCUGUAAAGCUAUUCAUUUCAAAAUAGUUAAUAAUAAGGCAGCUAUCAACUGUGAACAGAAAUUUAAUCCUGAAUUCACUCAUCAGAUAUUUGGCGAGAGUGAGCAAAUAUUCGGCUAUCGAGAUCUCAAAGUUAAUAUUUAUUACACACCAAGCUACUUGUCGACGUAUAUCGACAUUUCGUACUCGUCAAAAGUUGAUCCCCAACUUUCUAAAGGUGUUAUGCCUGACGAUAUUAUGCACAUAUUAUCUGAUGUGUACACUUAUGAUAUCAGUAAAAAUCUAACGGAUUUUAUGACGAAAAUUGAAGAGGACUCCUCUUUCACGCCUUAUGGAGUCAAUAGAUACAGCUAUCAGAUCAUGGAAGAUAAAUGUCCAAAGAAGUUUUCUAUCUUCUUCAUCGAACAUGGUAUGCCUGGUUUUAAGGAAUUUCUUGAGUACCACAAACGAAUGGAGUCUUUCCUUCUUUUCUUCGUGGAUGGUGCAUCCGUUAUAUCUACGGAUGAUAUUCAGUGGUGUUAUUAUAUGAUUUACGAAAAUGUUGACGAAGGGGAAGGUGGGAAAUCCAAAUAUGCCUUUAUUGGUUACAUGACAGUGUAUAAAUUUUACGCUUAUCCAAAAAAUCUCCGUCCACGAGUUAGCCAAGUUCUGAUUCUCCCACCUUUUAGAAACAGUGGGCAUGCUACACAACUUUUGAAAACCUUUUAUCGCGAUUUUGUACCUAUGUCAAAUGUCGUUGAUAUUGCAGUCGAGGAUCCAUCACCUAAUUUCCAAAGGAUAAGAGACUUUUUAGACUGUAAACGCUGUCUCGAAAGUCCAGAAGUGAUGCAAACUAUUACACAUUCUGCUGAUGGAAAAGAUGGACAAAGUAAUGCCGAAAAGUCGUCUGCAAUACGCUUCCGAGAAGUUGCCAGAACAAAGUUGAAACUAAAUCGUUACCAAAGCCGGCGAGUGUAUGAGAUUCUUCGACUCUUUUUAUUGCCUCGCUCACCAGAAUGUAUAAGAUCGUUUUCUGACGCGCUGACUAAACGUGCUACUGCUUACUUCCAACGAGUUCGACCUGAUGCAAUGCGAGGCUCGUCUUUGGUACCUAAACCGAGUGGUUCUUCUUUUAACCCACUGAAAAAAGCAUUUGAUGAAGCCGCUGACGAAUAUUUUGAGAAUCAGCUUCGCGAGGAAGUUUCUAUUUUGUUGCAAAAUUAUCAAGAGAUUGUACAUAAACUAGAUCGACUCACUCCUUCACUUAAAAAGAAGUUUUAAUUGUUGCCAUACAAGAUGCUCUCUUUCCUAUUUUUCUUAUAUACUGUAACAAAGUUUUAAUUCAUUAUAGAUUUUCUGCAGUAAAAGCGCUUUAAAUCAGAAUGUGUAUUACCUGAGUUACAACACCUGCUCCUUGUGCAACGGGUAUGGUAUACUUUCCACGUGGUAGCUUGUCCUUUGCACAUUAAAGAAUCAGCCACCUUUAUAAAAACAUGAUUCCAAAGCUUUCAGCAAAGCGUGUUUUACUCAGUGAUCUCGGCAAGCGCUUACGCAAAAUCUGAAUGAUAAUACCUCCCUUGAAUUUGAUGUCGAGUAGAAAGGUUUUCUUCUGUGUAUUACAUAACAGGAAUCACGGGAGACCAGUCUACCAGUUUUAUCGAUCGCAGACAUUAAAAACCAAGGUGUUUG